AUGGCAUCUCUCUCUUCCUCAAGGAACUCCUCCUGGACACCAAAGCAGAACAAAUUAUUUGAGAAGGCUCUGGCUGUGUAUGACAAGGACACACAAGACCGCUGGCAUAAUGUGGCCAAGGCUGUGGGUGGAAAAUCUGUAGAGGAAGUAAAGAGGCACUAUGAGAUUCUGGUGCAGGAUCUCAUGCAUAUAGAAUCUGGCCAAGUCCCAAUACCCAAUUAUAAGGGCACUGGAAGCAGCGGCAGCAGAGGAAUUGGUGAUGAGCAGAGUGGUAUCUAG